GUCCACCCGUCUGCUGACCCUCCCCUACAUCGAUGCGCGACCGUUAUAAUGCGCAGGCCGUGGGUCGCCCGGUCUCUGCGCGCUCUGUCACAGUGUUGAUCUGCGUCUUGUAUCUGAGUAUCUGCAUUGACAUGGCAUCUGCGAACAGGACGCUGCAUGACGGGUGGAGCUUCACCCAGGAGGGCGAGUGGAUCCAGUCCAGGCAUUCCAACUACGGGAUCGGCGAGGUGCCUUGGGCAUUCAAAACCAAGUUCACUGCUAGCCAUACGGAGGUCUCGGCCCCGAAUGUGGACCUGGUCUUCGAUGGGUUGGAUACUUUUGCGACAGUGACCUCGACGGAUAACCAAUUCGUCGCGCACCGUGUCCCUGUUAAGCAAUACAUCAAAGAGGGUGCCAACGAGCUGGUCAUUACGUUCGCCAGCGCGUUCCGGAAAGGGAGAGAAAUCGAAAAGGCGCACCAAAAGUACAGCCUCUGGAACGGCGACUCCAGCCGUCUUCACAUCCGCAAAGCACAAUACAACUAUGGUUGGGACUGGGGUCCGGUGCUCAUGACCGCCGGCCCCUGGAAGCCCAUCAAGCUCGAAACCUACACCGCUCGCAUCUCCGACGUGGACAUCCGAGCGCGGGUGGCCGAGGACCUCUCCGCGACGCUCGAAAGCAUCGCGUCCGUCAGCCUGAAGGCCGCAGACGGCAGCCUAGUCUCCGGCCAGAACAGCGUGCGGAUUGCGCAGUCGGGGGCGAAGGCGACGUUCAAGAUGUCGGCGGGCACGUACGAACUGUGGUACCCCGUGGGGUAUGGCAAGCAGCCGCUCUAUACGGUGGAGAUCACUGUGGCGGACCAGCAUGGCAAUCAAUUGGACCAUACGACACAGAAGGUCGCUUUCCGGCGCGCGAGGAUAGUACAGGAUCCACUCAUUGAUCAAGAAGGUCGCACGUUCCUCUUCGAGAUCAAUAACAUCAGAAUAUUCUGCGGUGGCUCGAACUGGAUCCCGGCGGACUCCUUCCUCACUACGAUGACCCGUGAGCGGUACCUGGCGUGGCUCCAGCUUCUCGUCGACGGGAACCAGAACAUGGUGCGCGUCUGGGGCGGCGGCAUCUACGAAGCAGACGACUUCUACGACAUCUGCGAUGAGCUUGGCAUCCUCGUCUGGCAGGACUUCAUGUUUGGCUGUGGACAGUACCCGGCAUAUGACUCGUUCACGAAGUCUGUUGAGCUCGAGGCUGAACAGAACGUGAAGAGACUGAGGCACCAUCCCUCUGUGUCAUCUUCGCUCGCGGAGUCCAACAAGCUCGAUCUAGACUACAACGACGAGAAGUCGGACUUCCGCCAGUCGACCUUCCCCGCGCGCUACAUCUACGAACGCCUCCUGCCGUCGGUUGUCGAGCGGCUGUGCGACAUACACUACCACCGCAGUUCGCCAUACAGUGGGUUCGGCAAGCCGACGACGGACAAGAACUACGGUGAUCUGCAUCAAUGGAACGUCUGGCAUGGCUCGCAGGAGCCUUGGCACAACUGGGACAUCCUCGCAGGGCGGUUCGUGUCAGAGUUCGGCAUGGAAGCGUAUCCUGACAUCCGCACGGUCGACUACUGGCUCGGCGGAAACACGUCUGAGCGGUACCCGCAGUCGAGGACGAUGUUCAACCACAACAAGGCGGAUGGCUUCGAGAGGCGCUUGGAGCUGUACUUGGUCGAGAACUUCAAGCACUCGUUCGAGAUGGAAAGCUACGUGUAUUACACCCAGGUCAUGCAGGCGGAGACACUGGGCUCGGCCUACCGCCUGUGGAGAAGGAACUGGCGCGGUAAAGGAAAGGAAUACACGGCAGGUGCUCUGGUCUGGCAAAUCAAUGACUGCUGGCCGGUGACCUCAUGGGCCAUCGUCGACUACUUCCUGCGGCCGAAGCCCGCGUACUUCGCCAUCAAACGCGAGCUGCGGCCGUACACCGUCGGCAUGACGCGGAAGGACAAGCAGACGUUCGCGGACGACCUCACCGCCGCGUUCUUCAACCUCGACACCGUGCUCGAGAUCUGGGGUACGAACAGCACGCUGCAGGAGAAGCGCGCGGUGCUGGAGGUGACCGCGUUCGACCUGCACUCGGACUGGCGCGAGACGUCCAAGCAGGACGUCGCGCUGGCGCCCAAUGCGAGCACGGAGUUGUUCAAGGGCCUCCUCCCCGGCCAGCCCAGGCGCACGAAGCUCAGCGAAGCCCCGAAGACCAUCGUCGUCUCCGCCCGCCUUCUCGACGCCUCCGGCGCCGUCCUCGGCCGAUACUCGAACUGGCCCGAGCCGUUCAAGUACAUCAGUUUCCCCGACAUUAAAGACGUAGGUCUCAGCAUCGCUGUGGGUAAGGACGGCGAAUCCGUGGAGCUUUCAGCGAGGAAACCGAUCAAGGGGCUCGUGCUCGACGUCGAGGGGGACGCCGUGCAGUGGAGCGACCAGGCCAUCGACCUCGUGCCGGACGACCCGCAGGUCGUGAAGGCCGUGGGACUGAACGGGCGGAAGAUCAAGGCGAGGUUUCUCGGCGACGGGACGGCCUAGGCGUCUCCGGGCAACGAGGUGCGGAAGAUGUCGAGCAUAUAUGUAUUAGUAGCAGCGUGCAUGCCGUGAAUGAAUGCGAUAGGGUUGUGCGUUGACGCACGCAGCGUCAUACC